GUACAGAGAAGGGUUACUACCUGUCCAUACAGUGUAAUCAGAACAGGUGUUGGUGCUCUGACCAGAGUGGGGGCCUCAUCCCAUGGACUGUCCGGCACAGACAAGCAGGUCUGCAAUGUACGACUGAAGGUGUCCCGACAACCCGGUGUGAUAGACUCCACAACGAAGGAGUCACCAUAGAGUGCGAUGUUCUGGGAGUGCCAGCCCCCAAAGUCUGCAGAGCAACCUCCUGCUGGUGUGUUAGCAGUGCUGGAGAUGAAAUACCCGGCACCAGAGGUAACCAGGAUAUAACAUGUCCUGAGCGGGCAGAUGCUUGUGUUUUGGAGAGAGACGGGGGAGUGGUAGCUGCUGAUAUUUGGGGACUGCCUCUUCUUGGAUCUGUUUAUCCACAGUGCGACAUUUGGGGCAGAUACCGUAGUAAACAGUGCAGGAACGGGGAGUGCAUCUGUGUGGACACUGUCUCAGGUGUACCACUGGAGGACACUAGCUGUCUGUCUGACACAACAACUACUCUCUACUCCAGCUACUUUGGCGAGGACAUUCAAAUAGAACCUCUUGUUGAACAGUCCCCGUCUUCCUGUUUGUCACAGCAAGAACUGGUCAGUCUGAAUUUAACAGACCACGAGAUCUCAAUGAAGCUGCCACUCUGUUCAGCUGACGGUGGUUAUUUCCCUCAGCAGUUCAGAUCGGAUAUUGGGUCGUGGUGGUGUGUUGACCCCCAAUCUGGCGAGGAACUAUCAGGUGGGAGAGGAGCUCGACACACCCUGCCCUGUUCCGGAGCUGGACUCGGUCAGGUUCUGUUCCAGUCCGUUAAAAUACCAGGGUGUGUAACGGAUGAGAUAGUCAGGGUGGUUAAAGAGGAUGCUAGCAGUGGUCUAACCUGUGAGGAUUACCUCUACCACUCUGUUCAGUGUUUAGAUGAUGAUGGUAACCAGUGCUUCUGUGUUACCUCUGACACGGGCAUCCCUCUCUCGCUCUCCUACUCUCGCCGCUUCCUGCUGUCCUGUCCGGACAUGCCGGAGACAGCGUGUUUGAGGGAGCAGUUCCAGGCUUGUUCUGACGACACAACCCCGCUACUUCUCUCCUCUUGUCCUGAGACGUGUGAUCGGGAAACGGGCAACUUCCUUCCUCUUCAGUGUGAUAAUGAUACUUGCUAUUGUGUCAACAUUAUUACUGGCCUGGAAAUCCCGUACAGUCAUGGUCGAGCAGGAGGGUUCAAGUGCUCUGAGUUUGGUAGGAUUAUGGAGGAUAACAGAACAGUGUGUCAGAAGCAGGAGGACAGGAGGUGUGAUGCUGUCUACCACGACUCACCUGCGACAGAAGGAUGUCACAUCUUGUGGUGCGAGGGAGAGAAGUACAGCGCUAAACAGUGUGACGGAGAUGAGUGCUACUGUGCUGAUCCUGAAACAGGAGACGCAAUUGACUACGCAGACUUUGGUCGCUCUGACUUCUCGUGCGGGAGUAACGGGCAAGUGCUGUACAGCAACCUGACGGUGUGCCAGCUGCAGGAGCUGAUGCUGUGUCCCAGUACGUACUACCCUCAGUUUGAUGCGUAUCUCAGACCCCUCGCCUGCCCGCUGCCGCUCUGUUAUCCUGACGGAAGUUAUCAUACUCAACGGUGCCUAGGUGAUGUGUGUGGUUGUGUGGAUAGAGAAACUAGCGCUAGUAUACCAAACACAGUACACACUCACGGUGUAAAGAGAUGUGACGAGGAAGGGAACCUAAUCGAGGACAAGAGGUCGACCUGUGAGAAAGAGAGAUCUAAGUUCUGUGAGCCUCAGUCUCUGGACGGUAUCAGGGUGGUACCUCCAGACUGUCCCGCUCUCCACUGCAUUGGCACUGGAUUAUUCAGUCCUCUGCAAUGCAGUAACGCUGAAUGUCACUGUGUAAAUGUAAACACUGGUGAGGAGUACCCGGGUACCAGGAGUGAUGAGGUCGGAACAUUUGACUGCGACUACGCCGGCAACACCUUCAACAUCGAGGAGGGUAAUGGGGGGCUUUGUGGGGAACAGACGGAGAAAGAAUGUGACGGAGAAGGAGAGUGGUUUGUUAGGGAGCAGUGCACGUCUGAGUACUGUUACUGUGUCUAUCUGGACAGUGGGGAGGUCCUCGUUGGAUCUGAACAGGUGGUAGGUGUGCCUGUGUGUCCCGCUCUGAUCGACACUAGAACUAAGUGUCAAGUCCAGCACGACAGGACAUGUGUUAAGACGUUCCAGGGAGGUGAGCUUGUUGGAGAGUGUCAGACUACACGGUGCAAUGAAGAUGGGAGCUUCCUAACUCAGUACUGCAGCCAGGAGACAUGCUGGUGUGUUGAUAGAGAGUCAGGGGAGAGGGUCCUGGAGACUGAGUUCCAGCAGGGUACACAUUACUGUAACGAGGUAUCGGAGAGGGUCUACCUGCCUCCUUGUCUCCGACAAGACGCUCUGAUCUGCACUGAUGAGGGACUGUAUGCUAGCAUGCAGUGCGAUGAAGUGAAGUGUUUCUGUGUCUACUCUGACUCCGGAGAGGGUGUGUCAGGACAGUUUGAGGUGAUGAAUACUGUUGAGUGUGCAGAGAGGAAUGAUACUCGAGGUCCGUGUCAGAAGGAAAGAGACCGUACCUGUGAAGGUGAUGAGGACUGUUCCGUGCUAACAUGUGAUGAGGAGGGUAACUACCUGGCUCUCCAAUGUCUCAGAGGUGAUGUGUGUAUCUGUGUCGACCAGAGUUCUGGACAACUCACCUCGCCUGCUUCACAUGUGGUAUCAGACGUGAUAUGUGCUCCUGACGGGGAGUUGACAGAGUACCCGGAGUGUUUUAACCAGGAUGAGCUGGAAUGUGACGGCAGUGGAACUUCUCUCCAUCUCAGUGCUACAAUGAUGGAACUUGUUUCUGUAUGUACGGAGAGGUAGAUGGAGAAUGUCUGGAAGAUUCUAGAACGCACUGUGAGCGAAGAAGAGAAUACCAAUGCGAUGACAACGAGGACUGUCCUAUCCAGUGUGACAGUGAAGGGAAGUACGGACAGUUUAAUUGCGAAGAUAACCUUUCUGAGGGCCGGUGUGUGGCAGGAGGGUUCUUUAAACCUCACCACUGUACUGGUGACAUCUGUUACUGCGUGGAUAUCAAUACUGGAAAUGCGAUUAUAGACACCCUGAGCCAAGGAAACGACUUCUACUGCUCGCCAGAUGGACAAAUAACGGACAGAACACUUUGUCAGGAACAAACCUUCUACUCUUGUGAUGACUCUGGAUAUUUCCUCCCAGUUCAAGAAGUAGAAGGAAGGUUUGAAUGUUUGCACAUUGAUACUGGAGCACCUAAUUACCAUGACAGUGUAUGUGCACCAUCCUACGACCUGAGGACUGAAUGCCAAAAAGUGAGUGAUGACAGGUGCCCGUAUAUUUAUCAGGGAGUAUCUUAUGUUCCAGAUACGGGAUGUGAAACAGUGCAAUGCGACCCUGACACUGGUCUCUUCCUGGCAAAGCAGUGUCACAAGGGCGUCUGUUACUGUGUUGAGGUGGAUAGUGGGGUUCUUGGAGGACGACCUGAGAGCCCAGAAACAGAGUUCUAUUGUCUUGACUCUGGAGAGCUUGUUGUUCUGACUCUCUGUAGGAAGCAAGGGGUUCUAGAAUGUUCAACAGAUGGGCAGUUCACUCCAGAGCAGUUUGUUAAGGAUGUCUAUUUCUGUGUGUUUUCAGAUUCCGGCGAGGUAAUUGAGGACACUAAGUCUAUUACAGCUGAUAUUGAGUGCUCCAUAUUGACCGAUCAAAGAACACCUUGCCAAAAUGCCCGGGACGAUAUUUGUCCAACUGAACUUACGGAAAUGAACGUCUAUUCCAGACCAGAAGAUUGUACUGCUCUGACAUGCGAUGCCUCAAGUGGAAGAUACUCGAUAAAGCAAUGCUCUGAUGAUGACAGCUGUUUCUGUGUUGACCCUGCCUCAGGGUCGGUCACCUCUGACUCAGCACCUGAUCACACCUUUGUGUGUGACGAGGAAGGUGUGAUGACAAUCCUCACACUUUGUCAGCAGCAGGAUCUUCUGAUCUGCACUGAGGAGGGUGACUUUCAGUCCAAACAAUGUUUCUCCGACCAAGGUCCUUGUUACUGUGUAUAUUCCGAUUCAGGAAUUUUAGUUCACAACUCUGAUGUGACAGUGUAUAGGUGUGAUGUGGUUGUGGAUGAAAGAACAGACUGCCAGCUUGUUCUAGACGAAGAGUGUCCUGCCAAACUCAGGUCAGAUCACUUAGCAAGACCAGGAGACUGUUCAGCUUUAUCCUGCACGGAGGACGGAGAAUUUCCUACCAUGCUCUGUGUUGGAAAUGCUUGCUAUUGUGUGGAUAUUAAAACAGGGACUUUGAUAGAGGACACUAGAGGACCCAGAGACACGUUCGUUUGCAGUAGGGAGGGUGAGAGACUGAGAUUGACUCCAUGCCGACGACAAUCCCUCUACUCUUGUGACAGUCGAGGUAAUUUCCACGCUACCCAGUGCGACCCAUCAGGAGAGUGCGUGUGUGUGUUUGUGGACAGUGGUUACAUUAGAGAGGCAGUGGAGUGGUGUGAUGCUCAGGUGGACAACAGGACCGACUGUCAGAAGGAGAGGGAUGCAGGGUGUGGUAAUCUGAGCGAUUGUUUCCUUCCUGACUGCGAUUUCCACGGUAACUAUGAAAGAGAACAGUGUAGAGGAACAGAAUGCCAAUGUACUGACCCCUUCACCGGGGAACCAACCAACGACAACAAGUUCCGUUCCGGAUCCCAUUGGUGUGACGAGAGUGGAGCUCCUCGUCUUAUCACCCUGUGCAAGGCUCAGGGCUUGUUGGAGUGCGACACUGAGGGGAACUUCGAGCCGGCUCAGUGCAACACUAAGUUCUGUUUCUGUGUGUACUUUGAUACUGGAAAUGUUAGGGAGAACACUGAGAGUAUAUUCUUCCCUGAAAACUGUCCCGUACUCCGAGAGGACAGAACACUCUGUCAGAUAGCCUCCUAUAAAUCCUGUCCUAAACAGAUCCGACCUGGAACUACAGAUAUCACCAGGGACGAGGGAUGUGAGUUGCUGGAAUGUAGGGAUGACGGAUCCUUCUACCCCAUGUACUGCGAGGGUAACAUAUGUUGGUGUAUGGAUGUGGGAAAGGGACAUGAGAUUGAAGACACCAGAGGAGAAAAGGACUCCUUCCACUGUACAGAACAGGGAGAAAAGAUAGUGUACUCGGGAUGCGAGCGGAGGAGACAUAACGUGUGUGGACUAGACUUUGACAGGCAGAACAGCAGAUGGAUCAUGUCUGAGGAGUGUAACGAGUAUCCGUGCGAUCCUGUGGACAAGCUCUUCGUUGCUAAACAGUGUCUCGGGCCACACCUUUGCUGGUGUAUUGACCGAUAUAACGGAGACGUAGCCCAGGGUUCAGUGAGUUCUAACUGCUCACUAGAGUGUCACUCUAACAACACCUACACCAUCUCUCCAUGCGUGCAAACCACCAGCUGUCUGGAACAAACUGUCAAGGAAUGUGACUACACUGGGGAGUACUUCCAGUUCCAGGUGGCCCAAGAUGGUGUACCUAUUUGUGUGUAUAUGGACUCAGGGAGGUACAUGCCCUUCUCGGAGGCGGGGACUAACGAAUGUACUCGAGUUAGAGACAACAGAGGAAACUGUAUGGUGGAUUACCAUGAGAGUUGUACGAGAACGUUCAACAGUGCAAUCGGGGAGUACGAGUAUCCACCGGACUGCUUCAGACCAAAAUGUGCAUCCGACGAAAGGUACGUGUCAAGACAGUGUGAAGGUGAGAUAUGUUGGUGUGUAGAUCAGGACACCGGAACUAGACUUCCUGGUACCACCGGGGUCAGCUACCAGGUUGAGUGUGCGCCGCCUCGGUCAGGCCGUUGCACUGACCAGUACCAGCUGAGGUGUGACGGGAGUUACUACAAGGAGACCCAGUGUACUGACAGGUUCUGUUACUGCGUCUUCAUCGACACUGGCAAGCUAAUAUGGGGGUCAAUGACUCGAGGAAUCGCAAACUGUACGAGGCAGUACGAUACUAGAGGUCACUGUAGACGAGCUAGAGAAGAAACUUGUCGCAUGUUUUACUUCGACUACACAGGAACAUUCGGCACACUACCUGGGUGCGAGUUUGACAAAGAAUGUGACCGUGACGGUAAUUUCCCUAAAAUGGAAUGUGUUGGUGGUACCUGCAUGUGCACAGACCCCAGAACCGGAGAAGUACGCAGGGAGACUAGCGGGCCUAGCGGUACCUUCACUUGCAACGAGAAGGGGGAGAAGAUUCUUAUCAUUCUUAGAGAUAAGACCAAGUGCGAGGUUGAAGGAAUUGAACAGUGCACCCCAGAAGGCUGGUACCCGACUCCUGAUUGUUCCAAUGGGGUAUGCUACUGUGUCUAUGCUGAUUCUGGAACCCCAAUCUAUGGUACAGAGGUUCCUGGCGCAUUUCCUGACUGCGAGGAGGAAUUUGACGACCGUUCUAUUUGUAGGAAACACAAUGAAGCAGUUUGUCCCCACGAGUAUAUAGAGGGUAGGAUAGUUAAACUAAGUUCCUGUCCCCUGGUGCUAGAGUGCUGGGAUAACGGUCUCUUCGCUCCUAACCAGUGCAGAUCUGAUGGAAUGUGCUUCUGUGUCAAUGUCACGGAUGGUGAACUUAUCGAGGACUCGUUUGGCGAGAGAGGCAAAUUUGCGUGUGACGAGUUCGGUAACAUUGAGGUCCUACCCACCAACCCUCCGACGUCUUGCCAAGCACAGGACCAGCUGACUUGUGACUCGUUCGGGAACUUCUUGCCAAGACAGUGCACUAAACCAGUCUGUUUCUGUGUUUUCAUGGACAGUGGCCGAGUGGUACCAAACAGCUUCACCACUGUUCUCGGGGCAACAGAUCAAGUUUGUGAGGAGCUGCUUGACACGAGGACUGAGUGUGAGAUACGGAGAGAUGAAGCCUGCAUGCCAGUCUUCAAUCACACCACGUACGAGUUUGAAAGUACGGAAGAGUGUUACAAUGUGAGGUGUCGGAGUGACGGCACCUUCAGAGCGAUGCAGUGUCUCUCCAGAUACGCCUGUCACUGUGUUAACACUCAAUCUGGAGAAAUGAUUACAGGAAGUUCGACACCAGUAGGACAGUUAGUUUGCGGUCAGGAGGUGUGUGAGGGAGAUCAGUGUUCCUGUUUCGACGAACGAGGACGACCCUUGUCACGUGUCUCAUCUCCUCCCUGCUUCUUUAGGUUGGAAGCAAUGCGGUGUCCUGAAAAGAGGAAGAUACACCAGAGAAUGGGAUCAAGAUAUGUUGUGCAGUGCGAUCCUGAUGAUUCAGACAAGUACGAUUUAAAGCAGUGUUACCGAGAUAUCGAGUGUUGGUGUGUUGACCCCUUCAACGGGACUAUGAUAGAGGGAUCUAUGGGACCUCCUGACUCCGUUAUUUGCAUAUACGACCCACCGUGCGUACGACAACAGAAAGCAGAAAUUGCUUCAGCUGUCAGUGUAGAAGGUUUCUAUCCUGUCUCAAUGUACUCAAUCACUCAGUGUGAGCCAGAUGGAGAAUACUACCCACAACAAUGUAACGUCCGUUCCAAGGAAUGUUGGUGUGUGGAUCAUGAGACAGGGGUCGAGAUAAAGGGUACCAGAGCGUUGCCCUGGGUAUCAGAUAUUAAGUGUGUUCGGAUACUCCCUCCUAAGUCAACACAGAGAAGACCUAAAGUUACAAUCAAGUGUCCGAGUAAUCGUGAUCCUGUGUUCUGUCCCAGGAACAACUGCAACCGAGCGAGAUGUGCGGCCUCCCCGAACGCUGCAUGUGUACAAUACAAGUGUCAGUCUUGUGGGGCUGUGUUCUACGACUCAGAGACUCUCUACCCCGUCUCUUGCUUACAAAACAAGCUGCAGUGUUACUACGCUGACAGAUACUACAGACACGGAGAAGAGUUUGAUAUGGGCUGCAGUUUAACUUGCUUCUGUUAUAUGGGAGGAUUACGCUGCAGACCGCGGUGUUUGCUGCAGAACAGACCGGCCUGUCCUGAUCCGGUCAUCGUUCAGGACCCACUGGAUCCUUGCUGUAAAGUUUACGCUUGUAGAGAUAAAAGUUUCAUGGCAAACUCGUUAUCUAUGUUCGACGAUCUGAAAAGUCGAAGGAGGAGAGACAUUAAAUCCGAUUUGUUACAGUUAGAAUGAUCAUUUUAUUUGGGUUAUAAUUUUUUUAAUGGAUUGCAAUGAAGAUGUUGGUUAAUUUAUCAGGUCGAACUGACUCUGAUUUAAAUUUCGUGCAUAAAUCAAAUGGACUUAUAAUAUGACAAAUUAAUGACAAGAUAGAUAAACCAAAACCGUGAUCCUAUACCAGCUUUCUUUAAGAUUUUAACAUUUUGAUACCAGAUAGAAUUUUCAGAAACUUAUUUACACAUAGGUUCUAUCAAAACUUAUUUUUCAUUUCCUUCGACCCAACCAACUUAAAUUUGAUGUCCAAGAUUGGAAUUGAUAGUAUUAUGGGAUAGAAUAUGUACAGCGACCCCGUGACUUAGAAUUUUAUGUUAUUUAACUGUUAUAACUUUGCUAUAUCGAUUGCAAUUUGAACUCUUUUACUCUUACGUUUAUUAAA